CGUAAAGGCGCGUUUGUGCGAUCCCGCGGCUCUGCCCUCAGGUGUCAUCAGACUUCACUCUUUAAAUCUCACUCCUCAGUCGCAUGUAGGAUCUGGAUGGGAUACAAAGUGCUCCACAAACGCCCCGUUUUACUUGGUGUCAGCUCCACAGGUGGACGAUAUGAGCGGUGUCACAGUUUGGGCCGAGGACGGCGACGUUUCCCAGGAGGAGGCUCGCUCUUCGUCCUCCUGGUCGGAGGAGCGCUGCGAGGAGCUGUGGGAUCGCAUCGAGGGGGUCCGGCACAAGCUGACGCGAAUCCUCAACCCGGCCAAGCUCACCCCGUACCUGCGCCAGUGCAAGGUCAUCGAUGAGCAGGACGAAGAUGAAGUGCUGAACUCCACGCAGUACCCGAUGCGCAUCAGCAAGGCCGGCCGCUUGCUGGACAUCCUGCGUGGUCAGGGCCAGCGAGGCCUUCAGGCCUUCAUGGAGUCGCUGGAGUUCUACCAUCCGGAGCAGUUCACGCAGCUGACCGGGGAGCAGCCCACGCAGCGCUGCUCCCUCAUUCUGGAUGAGGAGGGUCCAGAAGGUUUGACUCAGUUUCUUCUGCUGGAGGUGCGCAAGCUGAGGGAGCAGCUCCGAAACAGCCGCAUGUGCGAGCGCCGUCUGUCCCAGCGCUGCCGCAUGGCGGAGGAGGAGCGCAGCCGCGCCGAGCAUAAAGUUCACGAGUUACGGCAUGACAGGCUGCAGUUGGAAAGGCUCCGUCACGACUGGGAGUCAGCAAGUCGAGAGCUGGGAAAGAUGAAGGACCGCCAUCUGGAGCAGGCUGUGAAGUACUCCAGGGCCCUGGAGGAGCAAGGCAAGGCCACCAGCCGAGAGAGGGAGCUGCUGAGCCAGGUGGAGGAGCUGAAAACAAGGCUGAUUAAAGCAGAAAAUGAGACAACCGAUACUCCAGAGAACGCCAAACCAAACCACUUGAUCCCCGUUGAAGUAAACGGCUCUCCGUCUCCGCGGGAAGAAAGGCCGCUGCCCCACAUUGAGGUUAAGAGGGAGAGUACCGGAGCCCAGAGCAGGAACUCCAUCCCCACCACCGGCGUCAUUGCUCUGAUGGACAUCCUGCAGCAGGACCGCCGGGAGGCCGCAGAGCAGCGGCAGGAGCUCUGCGAUAUCAUCGCCAGGCUGCAGGGGGAGCUCCAGAGCACCGAGGAGCAGAGGGAUAAGCUGGAGACUCAGUGCGAGCAGCUGCGUCUGAAGGUGAGGACGCUCCAGCUGGACUGGGAGACGGAGCAGAAGAGGAGUGUGUCGUACUUCAACCAAAUAAUGGAGCUGGAAAAGGAGAGAGACCAGGCUCUGCGCAGUCGAGACAGUCUGCAGCUGGAGUACACCGACUGCCUGCUGGACAAGAACCGUCUCCGGAAACGCAUUGCAGAGCUGCAGGCCAGCCUGGAGCAGCAGCAGAGGGAGCUGGAGAGGGAGAGGGAGCGGUGCCGAGAGCAGAUCGAGCAGAGCGGCCCCUGCCUGCACUGUUCCCACCUGUCCCUGUGCAGUGAGGACCAGUGCUUUGGACCCUGCUGUUCUCUCGGCCUGGACCUGAGCCCCCAGUCCAGCAGCUCUCAUCAAAUACUCAGAAAGACACCCUCCAAAGGCCAAGCCAUUGAAAACUCAGGGGACUCUUGCUUCAAUUCAGAGGAGAACCUCUUAUUGUCGACAGAAAACGACGAAAAGGAGAUAAACCGUCUGUCCAUAUUCCCAUUUCCUCCUUGUAUGAACUCCAUCAACCGACGCUUCAACACUGAGUUUGACUUGGAAUCGUGGGGCAGUGACGACAACGAUAACAUCCCAGGUGAACAGAGUGAACCUUCUCUGUGGGAUUCUUGGAACUCCUUACAUUCCCAUCUUUUCCCUCCAGACCUGGUCAAGCUACCCACAGUCUCUUCACAGCAGCCCAAUCUCUACACUCCCAGGAACUCAGGCCACUUGCCAUCCUCGAGUCCCCCGACCUCCCCAAAGCAAGGAGGAACCAGCCUGGCUGACGAUGUUACAAUAGUCGGAGGAAACCGAACGGGGAUCUUUGUCAGUCACGUUAAAGCCGGUUCCUCCGCUGAACAGUGCGGACUGAAGGAGGGCAGCGAGCUUCUGGAGCUGGAGCGGGUUCUGUUUGGUGGAGGAAGCGUGCUGCUGAGUCAGUGCACUGCCGAAGUCGCCCACUUUUCUCUGCGGUGGUGGACUGAGCCCUCGGCUCUCAAACACCAGAGCAACCCAGAAGCAUACGCCAAACUCCGCUCCCAGCUGUCCUUGCCUACGUUCACGGGGGCCGACUCCUUCUACGUGCGCGUCAAUCUCAACAUUGAGCCCCUCGGCGACCCGCCGUCCCUGGGUGUGUCCUGCGAUGACAUUUUACACGUCACGGACACAAGGCACAAUGGGAAAUACCAUUGGAGGUGUUCCCUGGUGGAUCGAAACACAGCCAAGCCCAAGCAGGCCGGAACCAUGCCCAACUACAACAGAGCACAACAACUGUUACUUGUAAGGUUACGAAAAAUGUCCCUGGAGGAAAAGGACUUCAAAAGGAAGAUGUUUCUGAAGAAAACACCUGACCGUGUCCGACUGGUCAAGGCAGUGGACCCCAGCUGCCACGGGAUUGGUUCCUCACAGCAAGUGUUUUACACGCUCAGCAAGCGUCACGAGGAGCACUUAAUCCCAUACAGUUUAGUGCAUCCUGUGCAGGUCCAGACCAAGCGGCCCGUCAUCUUCUCCCCGUCUCUUCUCUCUCGCGGUCUGAUUGAGCGGCUGCUGCAGCCAGCAGAGUCGGGUUUGAAGUUCAACAGUUGCCCACCAGAGCCUAUCCCUUCUUCAGAGAGACAAGAUAAGACCGUUUUUUUGUUGGAUUCCUCUGGUCCAGAGCAAACUCUCGGCAUCCGGCUGAAGUCCAUACAGGAUGUCAUCAGCCAAGACAAACACUGCCUGUUGGAGCUGGGAGUUCACUGUGUUGACGGCUUGCUGAGACAGGGCAUCUACCCCAUUGUGAUCCACAUUCGCCCAAAGAACAAAAAGCACAAAAGGCUGAGGAAGUUUUUCCCACGGUGUGGAGAGGACACCAUCAUGGAAGAGGUGUGUCAGGCGGAGGAGCUGCAGCUGGAGACGCUGCCCCUGCUUUACUACACCCAGGAGCCCAGCACCUGGAGCUGCACCGAGGAGCUGCUGGCUGCCUUGCACAAUGCCAUCCAAAGCCAACAGAGGGCAGUAGCCUGGGUUGAACUGGAUAGACUGCAGUAGAAAGAGAACAGACAGUGUGUAUUGUGUUGUAUUAACAGCACAAACUGGAUUCUGUAUUCAUUAAUGCCGUAUCUAGUAUUCACUGAACCACAGUCUGGGCACUGUAGUGGCAUGACUUUAAUUUGCAAUAUUAUUUUAUGUUCUUUUAAAAUUCUGGAUGAUACUUGUGCUUGUAAAUAAAAACAUCAGGAAAAGAAUCUCUAUGCUGCCAAGCUGGUCUGGCAUCAAUGAGAAAAGUUAAAAGUAUUUUUGAGCAACAGAACAAAGGUACAUGUUUCUGUAGAUUUGCCUGUAGAAGUUUCUCUAUAUACAAAGAUUAUGCAAUGUUUUGCCCUUCAGACCUCGUUUUACUCCUUCAAUUACGUGAUAUGACUGUGCUUUAGAACUGCAUUCAGCUAUAUUUGUAUUUACAAAAUGAACUGGAACUGGAAACAUUGCUGGAAACAUGCUACCCGGGCCACUUGUCAAUGACACAUUUUGCGAAUGCCAAGAAAGAACAUGAGAAUGCAGAAACAGAGUGAACGGUGUACACCUUUCAGCCUACAACAGACAUAGUUGUAGUUCAUUUCCACUGCUGUACACUUUUUUGUUUCACUGUCUUCAGUUUAAAGUGAAUUAUUUGACAGAGUGUGAAGUAUGGACUUUGAGAUUACAGCAGUAUUUGAAAAGCUGGUAUUUUAUCACAACAACGCUAUCACAGUUGGAAUACUGAUAGAUUUGGUUGUAAAGUUCUACUAGUCAAACCCAAAUCAAAUGUGAUGUUUUUAUGUAUUUCUGUAUAUUCAACUGUACAACGAUAUUUUGAACAUUUUUUUUUUGUAGAAUAAAUUGACACAAAAUGAA